UUGAUUUUCUUCAGCGACUUCUAGCGACUUUUAACUUUUUCUACAUCUAGCGACUUUUCGAAGGCAUAGCCAGGCAUAGCGACAAAGGGUUUUAAAGAGUUGGCAACAUUGUGUCAGUCUGACAUCACUUAACUUAUCUUCACCUUUCAAACGAGAAUCAAGCUAAAAUCAUAAUAUUGAUAUUUUUAAUUUUACUGUUUGAUGUGUGUUUUUAACCAUUUUUAUACGAUAAAAUCAAAACAAUGUCUGAUCCCAGUGAACCAGUUCCCGGUUUGAAGCAGAGAAAAGUGUUUAAAAUCAUAGUUUUGGGCGAUUCCGGGGUCGGCAAAACUUGCCUCACUUAUCGCUUCUGCGAGGGGCAAUUUCUUGAUAAAUCCGAGGCUACUAUUGGAGUGGACUUUAGGGAAAGGACCGUACGCAUACGCAAUGAAGAUAUAAAGUUACAACUGUGGGACACGGCCGGCCAGGAGAGGUUCCGCAAGUCAAUGGUGCAGCAUUACUACAGGAAUGUGCACGCAGUGGUUAUUGUAUAUGAUGUCACCAAACCAGAGACAUUCCAUUCAAUAGCCAGCUGGAUGCAAGAGGUGGAGUCCCACGGGCUGAUGAAAGCCCCAAGAGUCCUAGUCGGCAAUAAGUGCGACUGUGGCACACCAGAGUCUCGUCUGGCCACCACAUACGCGCAGCGCUUAGCUGACAAGUAUGGCAUGCCGCUUUUCGAAACAUCAGCGCUGCUGGACUCGGAGUGUGACAACGUGGAGUCUAUAUUCAUGACGCUGGCACACAAGCUAUACUCCAAACAGCCCCUACGAGUUAUCAGUGUAGAGGGCGAACGCGGGCCCAGACUCGUGACUCUGCCGCGACAGAAGAGAAGCACCAACACAAGCAACGACAGCUGCCUUUGUAGCUAGACUUAGCCAUUCUAUGUAAACUAUUGUAUUUGUAAGAAUAAAGGCUAAUGCAGGCAACUGAUUUUUUAACCGACUUCAAAAAAAAAAAGGAGGUUCUCAAUUCGACUGUACGUUGUUUUUCUUUUUUUGUAUGUUUGUUACGCGAU